UUCCUGGAAAUCAUUUCGCCUCCGAGUGGGAAUUGAAGCCCGGCCGAGGUGUUUUCAAGUUUGUUUUACCUUGUCCGUAAGUGAGUGCGAGCUUUCCUGAAAGUCCGCCGCCUUGGCAGGAAAAGGCCCAUGCGCAGGAUUAGCAAGGUCAGAGCCAUGUCCGAGCAUCUUUCGCAGAGUGAGAUGGACUAUCCGUUUAAACUACUCGAGUACUUGAACGGCUUCAGGGUGUCAAAGGUGAUCUUCUCCGCCUGCGAGCUGGGCGUCUUCGACCUCCUGGCGACGUCGCCGUGUGCCCUGAGCGCCCAGCAGGUGGCGCAGGCCUUGCGAGCCAGCGUGGACGGAACGGAGCGACUGCUGGACGCCCUGGUGGGCAUCGAGAUCCUCCAUGUGGAGACGCAACCGCAGGACGGAACCGCUCUUUACAGGAACACCGAAGUGGCCAGCGUGUACUUGGCCAAAGGUGGUGCCAAGUCGCUGCACGACCUUGCGAUCUACCAGUCGCAGACCACCUACCCACUGUGGAACAACUUGGCGGAUGUCGUCAGGGAUGGCAGGAACCAGAACCAGAAGACGUUUGGGAUCCCGCCCGAGGAGGUCUUCCAAGCCAUCUACAGGACCGAGGAGAAGAUGCUGAAGUUUAUGGGUCUGAUGAACUCCUUCUGGGUGCUGGACGGACACGAUGUGGUGACGGCGUUCAACCUCGCCGGCUUCCAGAACGUCGUUGACCUCGGAGGCUGCACCGGUGCGCUGGCCCGUGAGAUGGUUAAGGCCUACCCCUCAUCCUCCGUCACCGUGUUUGACAUGCCCGCAGUUGUGGAAAUGGCCGCCAAGCACUUCCUACAGGAAAACAACACCUUGAAGUUCCAGAGCGGAGAUUUUUUCCACGGAGAACUGCCUCCUGCCGACCUAUACAUCCUGGCUCGCAUCCUCCAUGACUGGCCGGAGGAAAAAAGUCUGACGCUUCUUAAGCGGAUCUGCGACGUCUGCAAACCAGGAGUCCUGAUCAGAUUGAAGCCUAUCACGUCGUAUCGUGUCACAAUUCUCAUGACGUGUACGCCUUCCAAGUACACCAGGAUGCUCCAAGAGAGCGGCUUCCGCGACGUGCAGCUGUGUCGCACGGGGAAAUACUACGACGCCAUCUUGGCUCUCAGAUAAGAACGCAGGAGACUUGGUUGAAGGAGCACCAUUCGGGAUUUAGCUGUUCCCUAGAAUAAAUGCAGAUUAUACACCAAGUUA